AAGGAAUUUUAAAAUUUCACCGUGUGUUUGAGAGUUUAUUCACUGUGGGUUGAAUUGAGAAGUAUAUAGUAAAGAAGAGCGAAGUGAAGUAAUCGAAGAGAAAACAACAAUGGCUGAAUACGAAGCAGAAGAGAGAUACGAAGAACAAGAAAACGGCGGAGGUGCAGAGGAUCUUGAUACCACUCAUCAAUUUCCUUCUUCUGCAUCUUCUCCUCAACCUCUCGAUCAAUCUGUUUCCAAAUCUCGCCAUGAAUCUCGUGAUUAUGAUAGAGAAUCUUCGAGAAGCAGAGAAAAGGAGCGAGAGAAAGAUAGGAAAAGAGAAAAGGAGAGGCACAGAGAUAGAGACAGCGAGAGAGAUCGUGGUGAUGGGGAGAAGGAAAGGGAUCACCACCGCAGAGAUCAUCGACAUCGCGACAGAAAAGAUGGCGGAAGGGAUAGGGGUAGGGAUAGAGACAGGGAUGAUGGUGAUUCUCACCGAAGUCGUGACCGUGACAGAAGAAGGGAUUAUGAUCGAGAGGAAAGGCAUAAGCGUAGGUCUCGGUCUCGAUCUAUUUCACCUCCUAAGGAUAGAUCUGAGCAUGGAACAAGGUCACGGUCUCGCUCAAAGAGCAAAAGGGUUAGUGGUUUUGAUUUGGCUCCCCCUCCUUCUGCAAUGUUAGCUGGUCCUGCCGGUGUUACAGGUCAGAUUACUGCGCCAAAUCCUGCAAUUCCUGGAGUGUUGCAAAACAUGUUUCCAAUGGCUAAUAAUCAGAUGCAGCAAUUCAAUGCUCUCCCUAUGAUGCCAAUUCAGGCUAUGACACAACAGGCUACUCGACAUGCUAGGCGUGUGUAUGUUGGUGGACUCCCUCCUACAGCCAAUGAGCAGUCUGUUGCUAUUUUCUUCAGCCAGGUCAUGGCUAGUAUUGGAGGAAAUACUGCUGGUCCAGGUGAUGCGGUGGUCAAUGUUUACAUUAACCAUGACAAAAAAUUCGCCUUUGUUGAGAUGAGGUCCGUUGAGGAAGCUAGCAAUGCAAUGGCUUUGGAUGGAAUUAUUUUUGAGGGGGCACCUGUCAAAGUCAGGAGACCUACUGAUUACAACCCUUCUCUAGCUGCUACUCUAGGCCCAAGCCAACCUAACCCAAACCUGAACCUUGGUGCUGUUGGGUUAACACCUGGGUCAGCUGGUGGACUUGAAGGUCCUGAUCGCAUUUUUGUGGGUGGACUUCCCUAUUACUUCACAGAAACUCAGAUCAGGGAGCUUUUGGAAACUUUUGGUCCUCUAAGGGGUUUCGAUCUGGUGAAAGAUAGAGAAACAGGAAACUCAAAGGGUUAUGCAUUUUGUGUAUACCAAGAUCUUGCAGUUACCGAUAUUGCCUGUGCAGCUCUGAAUGGAAUUAAGAUGGGAGAUAAGACUCUUACCGUUAGACGAGCUAAUCAAGGUACAACCCAGCCUAAACCUGAACAAGAGAGCAUUUUAAUGCAUGCACAACAGCAAAUUGCUCUGCAGAAACUUAUAUUUCAACCAGCAUUAGUGGCUACAAAGGUGGUGUGUUUAACUAACGCAGUUGCUCCUGACGAGCUCAAAGAAGAUGAGGACUAUGAAGAGAUUAUCGAUGACAUGAGACAGGAAUGCUCCAAAUUUGGUACUUUGGUGAAUGUUGUGAUCCCUCGCCCACAACCAGAUGGGGAUCUAUCUGGUGGAGUUGGAAAGGUGUUUUUGGAAUAUGUGGAUAUCGAGGGUGCUACAAAAGCCCGCACUGGAUUGAAUGGGAGAAAAUUUGGUGGAAAUGAAGUAAUAGCCGUCUUCUAUCCAGAAAACAAAUUUGCUCAGGGAGAUUAUGAAGGCUAAUUGCCGUAAUGUCACUUGAAUUAUAUCUCAAGUUUUUCAUGUAUGUUGUGAGAUUUUUUUGACAUAUGGUUCUUUUUCAUGUACACGGAGUUGUGAGCAUAGAAUCUGAGUUUCUGUUCUUUUUAUAUUUUUUCAUGUGUGCACUUGGUUGACAAAUAAUACUGGUUGAUAAUUUGUAAUUUGUGUUAUCUUAUGCACUAUCUGAAAACUCGAUAUAUUUGACUUGUUA